AUGCUUAUAUCUGAACCGGCGCUCCUUGAAUCAUCUCUGGCCGUAACCACGCAGCACUGGGCAGCCGAUGUAUCGCGUCAACAAAACGCCCAUUUUCACUCGAUCCGAGCUGUCAACGCUCUUAUCCAACGAAUAAAUUCCGGCCAGGCUCAUACGAAUGCUGUUCUCGCAGUAGUGUGUACCAUGGCCAUUGGCGGACGACUGGCCAAUGACGAUAUUGUUUGGAGCAUUCACAUGAAAGGAAUGACUUACCUUAUCCGCGAGAGAUAUGCCCGUGGCAUUUUCCAUCUUCCUUCAUGGUUCACUGACCUCUUACUCUCCGAUUCAAUCAACAAUCUCUUUAACUUCCCGCGAGUAUAUCAUUCAGAGAUUAUUAGUUCACUAAAUUUGCAUCAUAACCACCCUAUCCUUCGCGUGGCUACAAUCUAUGAUGGCAUAGCACAGUUAUGGGAGUCAAUUGCUUUAUUUCAAAAUUGCACCCAAGGCCUAGCCUUUAUUGUUCAAAGAAUUGAAGGUCUUCUGGCUAAACUACAUCAUGAGACUCAAAGUCUUUGUCUCCAUGAAAGCGCUGCGGUUCAAAGCACUGCUUUGGCUCUCAAAAUCAUCCUCUAUAUGUCCUGGCCUACUCCAAUAGAGCCUAAUAUAGCAGUGCUCGCUGGUAAACUGAAGGAGGCACUAUGCCUGACGGAGAGAAACACUUGUUGUUACUUGGACUUUUCUUCUUUUCAACUUAUGAUUGGCGCUGUUUCUGCAGAAAUAGGCUCUUCAACGAGGAUAUGGUUCCUAACAAAACUUAAAGCCGCAAUCUCAGUAUUACAGUCAAGGGGAUGGGAUACAUUAUUGGAUCUGUUCAAUAGGGUCAUGAUACCAAAUGAAAGAAUAAUGGCAUACUUGAAAAAUUUAUGGGCCGAGCUACAUACCAAGAAAGUAGCAAAUACAAUAGCUUGA